AUGGAGCCUGUGUCUACGCUGUUCAUGUCCUUGAUGCCGGGCUUGAAGUUCGGUUCAUUUGACUGGCUUGUUGCCAGCGGGGCCUUGGAAAUUGGUGGGAAGGUGGAGGCCUCUGCGACGGACGAGGUACUGGGCCUGGUUCCGGAGACGUGGCCGCCCCAAGCGGUCUUCUUGGCUGCAGCGGUUCCCGGCAGCCUCGCGGCUCGUCACGGCGUGCAGGCGGGAGAUGAGCUCUGUGGGGUCAACGGCCGCCUCGUGCGGUCCUUCGAGGCGGAGGACUUGGCUCGUGAGUUGCGGAAGAGGCCGACGCUCCUUACUUUCCAGCGCACGGAUGAUGUUCGAGGUGCCGGGGGAGCCUCGAGGCCGCUUCUGGGCCAGCUGAAGACCGUGGACCUGGUCUUCGGCCCAAAUCAGGCCACUUUGGGUCUCAUUCCGGAGACCUGGCCUCCAGGGCCAGUGCAGCUCGGAGCUGUGGUGCCAGGCAGUCCAGCCAGCAGGGUUGGCGCUCAGGUUGGAGACAUUCUGCUCAUGGUUAAUGACAUGCAGGCCGCCUUGCUGAGUCCAGAGGACUUAUCUUGCUUGCUUCGACGGCGACCAGUGUCAAUCAGGCUCCUUCGAGGGCCGGGGGCUUUUGAUGCCGUCAACGAGCUACUGCUGCAGGCAUUGACCUGGCAAUCGGGGGAGGAGAGCUCUCCCUCGAAGGUUUCGUUGGACCCUGGUGGUGCAAAGCAGCGGCAGGACGACGGCCUGGAGCACCUUACACGAUUGCCAUUGCUGGAUAGCAGCCCGCGAGACGGCAGCACAUCCAGAAGCACGACAAGAACUGCCACGCCGAGGACGCCAAGGUCACCGGUCGCGUCCACACCCCAAGGUGAGCCGCGCGGCCGCUCAGAUGCCGCUCGUCGCUGGUCAGCUCGAGGAGCUAUGCACACCAGCAGCGAUCCUGCACUUUGUGAGGACGCCAGCGUGACAGACGGAAAGCUUCCAGAGCAGGCAGAAGCUCUGACAUCAUCAGCGACGUUGACCAACCAACAGGCCCGUGGCGAUGUUCGACAACUUGCUGUUGCUGCUGGAUCGGAUUUUUUUGGUACAAAGGCUGAAGCAGCGACUGUCGUGGUGCCUGCAGAUGCCAAGGAAGAAGCUGCGACGGCAGUGAUGCCAUCAAUGUCUGCACUGUCUGCACCAAAGGCGUCGACCGAAGGGAAGGUUCAGCCGGCCAGGGCAGAGAGCUUCACAAAGGCAGAGGCUGGCGAGGCUGGCCCUUUGGUAGCUCCUCGAGUCCAAGACAAAACGAAGGCAGUGUCCCCCGCACCGCCUGCAGCUCUUGCCGUGCAGCAAAAGGAAGAUGCCACCUCCACAGCUGCUCCGGAUUCGGCGGCACAAGACAAGCAGAAGGUUGAGACAACCUUUGCGACGUCGCCUGCACAUCUUGCCCAGGAAGGCGCGACUGCCGCUGUUUCUGCGGCACAGGUUCAGCAGCUUGCCGCAGAGCAGCCAAUCAGGGAAGAGAGCUUUGCGGCCAAGGAAGACGCUGCUCCCACAGCUGGCCCUGUUUCAUUUUCUGCUCCUGCGGCGCAAGACGCCACGAAGGAAGAUGCUGCCUCCACGACUAGCCUCGUUGCGGCGUCUGCUCCUGCGGCGCACGAGGACAGGAAGGCUGAAGCAGCAUCUGCAUCUGUUGUGGUGCCCGCAGAUCCUUCCAAGGAGCAGAAGGACUCGGUGACCUCAUCGACGGCAGCCCCUGCAGCAUCGGUAGAUGAGAAGGUGCUCAAGGAAUCGUUGGAGAGCAGCCAACCACAGCAGACGGAUCUGCAGCUAAGGCGCGUGAUAGAGCCAGGAGGAGGUGGCUGCUACAGCAGUCUCCAGAAAGCUUCUUGCGAGGCAGAUGCCACCUCCACAGCUGCUCCGGAUGCCACAGCACAAGACAAGCAGAAGGAGGAGACAACCUCUGCCACGGCACCGGCAGAUCUUCCCAAGGAAGAUGAUGCCUCCACAUCUGUCCCUGUGGCAGCUGCUGCUUCCGCCGAAGAAGACAGGAAGGAGGAGGGCAACGCAGCAGGGGGUUCUCCAGCCGCCAAGCAGCAGAAGGAAGAAGCUGCGACUGGAUCGAUGGCUGCCGCAGCAGCAUCGCCUGAAGAGAAGGUUCAGCAGCUUGCUGAAGCGCCGGCCAGUGUGGAGAGCCUUGUUGCCAAGGAAGAUGCUGCGUCCACGACUGGCCUCGUGUCGGCGUCUGCUCCUACAGCGCACGAGGCUGAAGCAGCAUCUGCAUCUGUUGUGGUGCCCGCAGAUCCUUCCAAGGAGCAGAAGGACUCGGUGACCUCAUCGACGGCAGCCCCUGCAGCAUCGGUAGAUGAGAAGGCUCAAGGAAUCGUUGGAGAGCAGCCAACCACAGCAGACGGAUCUGCAGCUAAGGAAGAUGCCACCUCCGCAGCUGCUCCGGAUGCCACAGCACAAGACAAGCAGAAGGAGGAGACAACCUCUGCCACGGCACCGGCAGAUCUUCCCAAGGAAGGUGAUGCCUCCACAUCUGUCCCUGUGGCAGCUGCUGCUUCCGCCGAAGAAGACAGGAAGGAGGAGGGCAACGCAGCAGGGGGUUCUCCAGCCGCCAAGCAGCAGAAGGAAGAAGCUGCGACUGGAUCGAUGGCUGCCGCAGCAGCAUCGCCUGAAGAGAAGGUUCAGCAGCUUGCUGAAGCGCCGGCCAGGGUGGAGAGCUUUGUUUCCAAGGAAGAUGCUGCCUCCACGACUGGCCUCGUGUCGGCGUCUGCUCCUACAGCGCACGAGGACACGAAGGCUGAAGCAGCAUCUGCAUCUGCCGUGGUGCCGGCAGAUCCUUCCAAGGAGCAGAAGGACUCGGUGACCUCAUCGACGGCAGCCCCUGCAGCAUCGGUAGAUGAGAAGGCUCAAGGAAUCGUUGGAGAGCAGCCAACCACAGCAGACGGAUCUGCAGCUAAGGCAGAUGCCACCUCCACAGCUGCUCCGGAUGCCACAGCACAAGACAAGCAGAAGGAGGAGACAACCUCUGCCACGGCACCGGCAGAUCUUCCCAAGGAAGAUGAUGCCUCCACAUCUGUCCCGGUGGCAGCUGCUGCUUCCGUCGAAGAAGACAGGAAGGAGGAGGGCAACGCAGCAGGGGGUUCUCCAGCCGCCAAGCAGCAGAAGGAAGAAGCUGCGACUGGAUCGAUGGCUGCCGCAGCAGCAUCGCCUGAAGAGAAGGUUCAGCAGCUUGCUGAAGCGCCGGCCAGGGUGGAGAGCUUUGUUUCCAAGGAAGAUGCUGCCUCCACGACUGGCCUCGUGUCGGCGUCUGCUCCUACAGCGCACGAGGACACGAAGGCUGAAGCAGCAUCUGCAUCUGCCGUGGUGCCCGCAGAUCCUUCCAAGGAGCAGAAGGACUCGGUGACCUCAUCGACGGCAGCCCCUGCAGCAUCGGUAGAUGAGAAGGCUCAAGGAAUCGUUGGAGAGCAGCCAACCACAGCAGACGGAUCUGCAGCUAAGGAAGAUGCCACCUCCGCAGCUGCUCCGGAUGCCACAGCACAAGACAAGCAGAAGGAGGAGACAACCUCUGCCACGGCACCGGCAGAUCUUCCCAAGGAAGGUGAUGCCUCCACAUCUGUCCCUGUGGCAGCUGCUGCUUCCGCCGAAGAAGACAGGAAGGAGGAGGGCAACGCAGCAGGGGGUUCUCCAGCCGCCAAGCAGCAGAAGGAAGAAGCUGCGACUGGAUCGAUGGCUGCCACAGCAGCAUCGCCUGAAGAGAAGGUUCAGCAGCUUGCUGAAGCGCCGGCCAGGGUGGAGAGCUUUGUUGCCAAGGAAGAUGCUGCCUCCACGACUGGCCUCGUGUCGGCGUCUGCUCCUACAGCGCACGAGGACACGAAGGCUGAAGCAGCAUCUGCAUCUGCCGUGGUGCCCGCAGAUCCUUCCAAGGAGCAGAAGGACUCGGUGACCUCAUCGACGGCAGCCCCUGCAGCAUCGGUAGAUGAGAAGGCUCAUGGAAUCGUUGGAGAGCAGCCAACCACAGCAGACGGAUCUGUAGCUAAGGCAGAUGCCACCUCCACAGCUGCUCCGGAUGCCACAGCACAAGACAAGCAGAAGGAGGAGACAACCUCUGCCACGGCACCGGCAGAUCUUCCCAAGGAAGGUGAUGCCUCCACAUCUGUCCCUGUGGCAGCUGCUGCCUCCGCCGAGGAAGACAGGAAGGAGGGGGGCAAUGCAGCAGGGGGUUCUCCAGCCGCCAAGCAGCAGAAGGAAGAAGCUGCGACUGGAUCGAUGGCUGCCGCAGCAGCAUCGCCUGAAGAGAAGGUUCAGCAGCUUGCUGAAGCGCCGGCCAGGGUGGAGAGCCUUGUUGCCAAGGAAGAUGCUGCCUCCACGACUGGCCUCGUUUCGGCGUCUGCUCCUACAGCGCACGAGCAUACGAAGGUGGAAGCAGCAUCUGCAUCUGCCGUGGUGCCCGCAGAUCCUUCCAAGGAGCAGAAGGACUCGGUGACCUCAUCGACGGCAGCCCCUGCAGCAUCGGUAGAUGAGAAGGCGCUCAAGGAAUCGUUGGAGAGCAGCCAACCACAGCAGACGGAUCUGCAGCUAAGGCGCGUGAUAGAGCCAGGAGGAGGAGGUGGCUGCUACAGCAGUCUCCAGAAAGCUUCUUGCGAGGAAGAUGCCACCUCCGCAGCUGCUCCGGAUGCCACAGCACAAGACAAGCAGAAGGAGGAGACAACCUCUGCCACGGCACCGGCAGAUCUUCCCAAGGAAGAUGAUGCCUCCACAUCUGUCCCUGUGGCAGCUGCUGCUUCCGCCGAGGAAGACAGGAAGGAGGGGGGCAAUGCAGCAGGGGGUUCUCCAGCCGCCAAGCAGCAGAAGGAAGAAGCUGCGACUGGAUCGAUGGCUGCCGCAGCAGCAUCGCCUGAAGAGAAGGUUCAGCAGCUUGCUGAAGCGCCGGCCAGGGUGGAGAGCCUUGUUGCCAAGGAAGAUGCUGCCUCCACGACUGGCCUCGUUUCGGCGUCUGCUCCUACAGCGCACGAGGACACGAAGGAAGACAUGACGCCGUCAUCGACGCCUGCUCCUACAGCUUCGACAGACGAAAAGGCUAAGGCGACCAAGGCGGACAGCAAAGCAAAGGACGGUUCUCCAGCAUCCGCGCAGAAGGCGAGAACCUUGACGGCGUCGACGGCCGCCGCAGGAGCAAGGACAGACAAGAAGGCUCCAGAACCUGCAGAGCCUGCGAAGAAAGACACGAAGGCGACGACGGCUGCUUCCGAGGAAGAUGUCCCUGGGAAAGACUCGAAGGCUUCAGAACGAAAAAGCAGCCGCGCCAAGCACCGGCCGAGGCUUUUCGACCUGGGCCUCAGCACUGCCUUGGGUCUGGACGCAAGUGAUGCGAGCGCCGAUCUCUCCGAGGCCGGCCCUGGCCCUGGCAAGAAGCAGUCACCAGGACGCCUCAGAAAGCUGGGCCUGGCAGCUUUGGUAGAGCCUGGUCUUGAAGAAGGCACGCUGACGCAGCCCAGUGCGACACCGGAGGAGCAGGACAAAGAUAGCGACAAGCGCAAAGAGAGCCAGGAGGCCAAGGAGAAGCAGAGGCCGAGGCGGCUGCAGUCGCUGGGCCUGGCCAAGGCGCUCUCCCUGGAGGGCGACCAGCCACUACCAGACCGAGUUCAUCCAGGUUCGGAGAAAGACACAGAGGACAAGGCUUUGGAGGAGCUGCAAGCCAAAGUCAAAGCCAGGGCAAACCUUGCACAGGAGGUGCCGAUUCCCAAAGCCAACGAUGCUGCGAAAUUGGAUUCCAAACCUGCUGCAGCGGCAUCAGCGGCAAAGGUGGUUGUUUGGAAGAACAAGGGCGAUGAGGCCCGAGCUGCAGGGCAAGCCGCAGCAACCGCAGCGCUGGAAGCUGGCAAGGACGCCAUGCAGGCCUCCAGCACUGGCACGGCGGAGCUUCUUCGAGUAGGAAGGGAGCGAGGACUUGCCUCCACAAGGCUGGUCAACCUCGCUGCGGAGCUGGCCGGGAUUGUCGUACGUGAUGCUUUGCUGAACGCCGAGAAGCCUCUAGCAGACAUCGCGGACCAAGCCGGCAAGGCAGCCGCGAAGGCAGCAGAAUCCACAGGUGCACCACCUCCUGUGCAAGCGACAAAGGGCGCCAUUGCUGCGACAGACAGCGUCAUGGAGGCAUGGACGCGCAACCCGGAUGGGCUGACAGAAGAGAUUCUCAACACGGUGGCACAGGUGGCGACGGCCGCAGCCAAAACGCUGGGUGCUCCGUCUGAGAAGGCUAGUCGUGAAACGGCUCGAGUGGUGGCCUGUGCCGCAGCACAGCUGGCCCGAGCACACGGCAAGUCCGAUGCCCAAGCCGCGGUCGAGGCAGGCGAGGCUGCCGUGGCUGUGGCUGUGGCCCAGGGCCUCCCUUCCGAGGAGGCCUCUGAAAUCGGUGCCACAGCAGCUGGCCGCGCAAUGGGCCGGGCCUGCUUGCGGUGGCAGAAGCCGGAGAAGGCAGCGGAUGAGGCCGGGGAUGCAACUGCUGCAUUCGCUGACAGAGUGGGUAUGAGCCAGCAAAGAGCCGCAGAAAUGGCAGCAGCAGCAGCCGGCGAGACAAUGAUAUCAGCCUUGCUGGAUGAUGACUGCUCCCUCAAGGAGGUCGCGCUCAGGGCUGGGCGGGAAGCGGCUCGAUCGGCAGAGGAGUGGGGCCUGGUUCGACACCGGGCUUGGGAGGCCGGUGCUGUUGUGGCCGCUCGGGCACUCGGUGGAGAGGCCAGUGCAUCUGGAAAACCGUUGGACAGCAUUGUCUCAGAGGCUACGGAAGUUGUGAAGUUUGUCGGAAAUGGAGGAAACCCGGAGUCCGUGAAGCAGGCUGCAAGAGGGCUGGGAAGGUAUUUCUUCGAGCUGGAGUCAGAGCUUGGAAAGCUGGCUCCAGAAGUGGCUGUGCAUGCUGCCAGAUUCGGCGCAGCAGCAGCCAAGGGUCGGAUGUCGCGGCAGAAGGUUGGUCGGCUGGCAUGCAGCUUAGCCGCAGAGCUCAUGAGGAAGGAGGCUUCGACGGAGCUGCUCAUCAUUCAGGAUGUUGCUUUCAAGGUGGGGCAAGAGGCAGGCCUGGAGAACUCCAAAGCGCUGGAGCUCUCGACGGUGGAGGCUGGGAUCGCUGCUGGGCUUGGGCACCGCUUCAGCUCCGGGGCCUGCGCUCCUUCCGAAGCCGGGAAAUGCGCCCAUGAAAUGGCUUCAAAGAAGAACCUGCCCAGCUCGCUGAACGCGAAAGUGGCGGCCAAAGCUGCAGCCCGUUGCGCAGUCGAGUCACCGAACUGCCGAAGCCGCUUCGAUGCCGGGGCCGAGGCAGCCCAGGCAGCCUUUCAAGCCGCGCAGGCAGCAGGAGCAGCGGAGGCCGCAGCGGCAGAGCUGGCUGCGAUUUGUGCAGCCGAAGCUGUGGCUGAGGCAGGCCUUGGGCUUGGCCUCGAUGCAGAGCGCAUUGCCGAGGAAGCGGGCAACGAGGCCUUCCGAACAGCCGCCUCGCACGGCUUGGCGUGUGCGCCGCAAGUUGCGGCCCAGGCCGCAUGUCUCGCUGCGCAGGACGCCAUGGACAGCGAGCACUCGCCUGACUUGGCGAUCGCAGCUGCAGGCCGCGCGGCCAGGUCUGCUGCGGCAGCUGCAGGACUCGAGGUGAAAGAUGCUGCUGAGACUGCUGCUGUCGCCGCUGGCAAGGUAGCAUCAGAUUUGGAAAUCGACGCUGGAGCGAAGCUGGAGGACGCCGCAGCUGCCGGUGCUCGGGCCGCAGCCCGUGCGGGCUCUGCUGCGGGGCUGGCACCUGCAGAGGCCGGCCGUGCUGCGGCUUUGGCAGCAGGCCAUGUCGUGGCCGAGAAUUGGAUCGGGGAGGAGGCUUCGGAGGAGGCUGCGCUUAUCACAUGGCGUGUGGGAGUGGCCCAAGGCCUGAUGCAUUCGGCUGCUCUGGAGACAGCGUCUACUGUCGCAGCCAAGAUCGCGGGCGCCGCCUCCACGGCGCGGGGCCGCUGCGAGUCGCCUGCGGCUCCCGUCGCGGCCGCGGCGGCCAGGGCCAGGAUCGCCUUCGAGUCCUUGGUUCAGAAGGGCCGAGCACCUGAGGCAGCCUUGGAGGCAGCUGGUCGCGAGGCCGCAGAAGGAACGGAGGCAUUGGAGGCCUGUGGAAAGGCCAUCGCCAUGACCCUGGGAAGACUGCUGGCGGCCAGCGAUGCUAAAACAAGCCCAGAAGAGCAAGCUUCAAAAGCAGGAGCUGCUGGCGUCAAGGCUGGGAUUGCCGCAGGCUUGCUGCCAGGGCCAGCGGUCGACGCUGGAAUCGGCAUUGCAGCGCACCUGGUGACCAAGAAAAGGCCAGAUGAGGACCUGGCAUCUCGCGCCGUGUCACUGGCUCACUUGGCGCAGUCGCUUGGGCUUUCUGCAGGGCUGCGACCCGAUCAGGCAGCCGAGAGGGCAGCCACAGCCGUGGCCACUCGCACCACCUGCACUGCCAUGACGGCAUACGAGGAUCGCGCUACUGCUAUGCAUCAAGCCUGCGAUGCUGGCCUCCAGGCUGGAGAUGCCGUGGGCUUGACUCCAGCCCGCAAUGCUGAAGUGGCUUCCCUCGCUGUGACGUGGGCGGUUCUUGAUGCAACCUUGACUGCAUCGACAAACACGGAGGACGUCUUGCAGGUGGCAGAGCAAGUAGUGCAGCAGAUUGGCGAGCUUGGAGAAACAAGCACAGAACGAUUGCAGCAGUGUGCGGUGAAGACGGCGGCCCAUGCAGCAGCUUGUGCAAGGCUCCUGCAGGGAGCAGCACCACAGGCUGCAGCCAGUGCAGCUGCUGCAGCCCUCAAAGUGGGCCAGAAACACGAGCUGCCAUUCAAUGAUGUUCAAUCCUUGGCUGUCGCAGCAGCCGGACGUGCUGCCACAUUGGAUGCUAUGGCAUCAUGCUGCAGUUCGGAGCAAGCUGUGCAGCAGGCAGCCGCAGCGGCGAGUCGUGCUGCCGUGGAUGUUGGGCUGCCUAGAGAAAAGGCACUCGAGUGUCAGGCCCUUCAUGCCGGCGGAGCAGCAGCGCAUCUGGCGACUGCGGCCGGUAAAGCACUGGACGAGGCAGCGGCCGCCGCUGGCCAUGCCGUGGUUUCCAUGGCAUUGGGGGCGGGAACGAACCCUGGUAUGGCAGCCACUGCAGCAGUGGCAAUGGUUGCUAGAUAUGCACUUGAACAAGGCUUGACCCUGAAGACAGCCAGCAUCGAAGAAGCUUCUGCAGCCGCCGGGAGAGCCGCUGUUACAGCUGGCCGACUGGCGGGAAUGUUUCCUCAAGUGGCAGGCGAGGUGGCAUUGAUAACCGUGGCACGUGUGGUUGGGCAGGGAGGCUUGGAGAAGCGUUUGAAGUUGGAGGAGGCCGUGGAUGAAGCAGCCAAAGCAGCAAAGAUGGCUUGGCUUGGUGCACACUUGGUACCUGACCGUGCGUCCUACCAUGCGUCCAUCAGCGCCGGAAUGUUCUGGGGCAGAGCUCUCCUCACAAAGGGGGCGAGUCUGAACGAGACUGCCGCUUCAGCAGGUCAGGCAGCAGCUGCCGCAGCUUUGGAUUUUGGCUUGGCUAUAAGUCAGGUCGCGAAGUGCGCAGCUCUGGCGGCAGGCGCCCUCGCGGCGGAAGCAUCCUUCGCUGCAGCAAAGCCUCCAGACGUCGUGGCGACUACAGCCGCUGAACAUGCCAUCGCAGCAGCAGAGUCGCAGGGCAUGAACCGAAAGGCUGCUGCAGAAGCUGCAGCUUUAGCUGCCGGUGCUGCUGCAGCUGCCGGCAUGCUGGCGAAGGGCCAAUCACCCGACGCAGCUGCGCAGUUUGCCGGUGAGGCAGCAGAGUGCUUUCUGGAGAGCCACGGUUUCGGCAAGCAGGCAGCGGCGUCUGCGGCUGCACUGGUCGCCGGUCGUGCGGCCGGCGAUGCUGCUUUGGGUGCUAGCUGCUCGCCGCAUGAGGCGGCAAAGCAGGCCUCAGCCGCCGCGAUGGCCUUUGGGGGGGCUCGCGGUGCAGAGGCUUCAGUCGCCGCCCGUGCUGCGAGAUCACUUCUCGAGGAGUAUCCGACGGGCGGGCUGUCUUCUCGGCCGCAGCUGCCAAUGGCCGCGCCGCAAGCGCCUCUUGAAGCCGGGGUGGUUCGUGCGGUAGAAGCAGCACCGGCCGAGGACGAACCCAGUUUGGCAGCAUCACCUUUGGAGCCCAGACGGAAGAGCAAGGGAGGUGACCGGCAAGACGGGCAGCAGGCCCGAGAUGGCAGUGACGACGAGCCAGAAGUACAUAGACCUGCUUGGCAGCGGAACCUCAUCAAGGAAUUCGAAGACGUCGAUGCCAUCGAAGCUGCUGCUAUCCGCAUUCGAAGAGACCUGCAGAACCUUAACGAGGAGACGGAGAGGGCCGAGGUGGAUGCUGAAGCUGCGGCUUUGAUGCUCGACUUGCGAGGAAGCACCGCCACCGGAAGGCGGAGCUCCACAGCUGGAGACUUGGAGGCCAUUGCACUCUUAGCAGAACUUCAUGGUGAUGUGCGACCGGAGUGGUCGUCGGACAUUCCGCAGGAAGGCAGUUCCUGCUCGGCAGCUGCAAGCGCAAGCCACGACGCCGCAGAGCCUGAGAGGCUUUGGCAUCUCGAAGUUCUUCGCCUUCGGCGAUCACUUGACCAAAUGGCUAAGGAGACACUUCAGUGA